GGUUGUCCUCGCUCUCCCCUCGGGGGUGUCCUCGCUCUCCCCUCCAGGGGUGUCCUCGCUCUCCCCCCAAGCGGUGUCCCCGCUCUCCCUCGGGGCUGUCUUCGCUCUCCCCCCCAGGGGUGUCUUCGCCGCUAUCCCCCCCAGGGACCAUAAGUACUGGAAUCAGCCCUCUGUGACGGUAAUUGUUGGGGAAAACGCCCACCUGCACUGCCUGGACAACAGCAGCACCAAUGCCACUGGCUCCAACAUCACAUGGUGGCUCAUCCUCCCUGGGAACUACAUCCAGUGGUCGUCCACAUUCCUGGGCUCGGGCUCGGGCCCUACGGGCAAGCUGAUCAUCGAGAAUGUGAACAAGAGCCACGGGGGCAUAUACCAGUGCCGGUUCGGGCAGGACCCCGAAGCCAAGGGCUCCUGCGGCACCUACCUUCGUGUGCGUGAGCGACUCCCCAGACCCUUCCUGGACAUGGGGGAGGGCACCAAGAACCGCAUCAUCACAGCUGAGGGGAUCAUCCUGCUGUUCUGUGCCGUGGUGCCUGGGACGCUGCUGCUGUUCAGG